CGGAGAGCGACAACCUUAUACCCGUCCAUGCUUCUGUUGAAGGAAGUUCAGGCGAGAACCACACCAGUCUCGAAGCGCCAGCACCGGCAGCCACACCGAGUACUGCGCCCUUCCCCUCCCCUUCCACGUCGCCUAUCGCAGCCGCCGCCACUUCCGUUGACAACACCAUGGCCAGCGAGCACAACCCCCCCUCUUCCCCCACAAUCGACCUCUUACUCCGUCCCCGACCCAGGGAUAGCAACACUCCCUACCUCCUCGAACCGCAACGGCACUGCUUCCACCGGCACCGGUACUUCUGCCCAUCACCACCGGGGGCCGAGGUGGAGUGCAUGCUGUGCUUCGGGGAAGAGGAGCGAGAUGGGGCCAGCGGGUGUGAUGAGAGACAUUACUGCACGUUCUGUUAUGUCCGCGUUUGUGGAACGUGUUUGCAGAGGUGGUGGGAGAUGACAGGUCCAACGAGGAGGACGAGGUUAGACCAACUAAGAGAUAUAGUGAGGAAGAGAGGAGGGAGGAGAGGUUGACGAGGAAGAGGAAGGUGUCUAUUCAAGUGUGCCGUUAGGGCAUGCUCUGUGUUUGCAUGAUCCUCACGAAUCAUAUGAUGCUCACAAACAGAAUGAGGGUUGGGGAGUGUUAGGCUGCAGUAACAACGUGAUAUCCAUGUUCUUAUUUCGAGGAGGA